CUUUCUGGCGUCCGCAUCAAAAACUUUCAUUUUGACGUCGGACGUGGCAUCAGAUCGAUUAUUUGAAAAAUUAUUUGUCAACAUGGAAUAUUGCGGGAGAAAUUAUAAUCAAGAAUAUGCAAAAAUUAGUUGUCCGUAAAGAAAAAAAUAAAAUACUGAGGUCGCAUUCAAAAUACAAGUGUGAGCGUCAAAUGCAGUAGCACUCUUGUUGGUUGCACCUCGUUUAGUGUGCAUGACAGAGUUCCGCAAGAAGAGAAGAGUGUAGUUGUAGUGGAGACUUGGGUUGCUCCCCCACCGCGCAAUGACAAUGAAAAUUGGCAGUGCCCGUCGUCUCCAUGGCCGCGGCAGUAGCAGCAGCAUGGCUUGAGUGAGACAGAGAAGGCUGCUGUUGUACGCACGCGAAGCGCAACAAUUCGAGUAUAUUUGUCAUUUUUUUCUCUUGGGAGUCUGUAGGCAUCAACGACCUCUCGGAAGUAUUGGACAACCCAUGCGCAGCAUACAACACGUAUCCAUCAAGAGAGUGAUAAAAAGAAAGAUAUAGAGAACGGAGAGAAGAGUUGACCGUCAUAAAGAAAGAGUGGGCGUGAGAGUGUGUGCGUGUGUGCGAAAAAUUAAAUCGAGUCAGACGAAAACUUUAUUUUUCAUUUUUGACGAGUGUUGAUACAUAGAGAAGAGACUGAUAUAGGAGAGAAGGCAAAUUAAUAACGAUGGAUGUGGACGAGCUGGACCAGCAUUUGCUGCACCAGUUUAGCUGCCUCGGCACCACGGACAAAGAUGACCUGGUGAAACAAUUGCAAAAAGUCUUGGCUGGUAAUCAGCUCAAUGAAACUGCAGCAGCAUUCUUCCUGGACAUGAACAACUGGAAUCUACAAGCGGCAAUAUGUAGUUAUUUUGAUUUCGAAUCAACAUACAAACUUCCAUGUAUGACAUUAAUAUGUGACUCAACAAUUGGAGAAGGAGAAGCUGUACCACCCAAUACAAAAUUUAGAAAAUCAUGGCGUGUACAAAAUAGUGGAACAGAGCCAUGGCCUGAAGGUGUUUGCUUAAGUUACACAGGUGGUGUACCAAUGGGAGAAUGCAUAAGAGUGUCUGUGCCCUGUUUGCCACCCAAAGACACGAUUGAGCUAAGUGUUGAUUUAACAAGUCCUGCGACAACAGGUACCUUCCAGAGUAAAUGGAGGAUGAUGACACAAAAUGGUUCCUAUUUUGGGGACAUAAUAUGGGUGAUAAUAUCAGUAAGUGAAAGUGGUACCUUGGCCCUUACCCAACAGCUCAACCUACUAAGUACUUCACAAUCAAAUGAUGAUCAAAUGUGCUAGCCUUGGAUUUUAUAACAUGCAGCGUGUCAGAAAACGUCCUUGAAUUUCUUUUUCUUUUAGUACUGCAUUGAGAAAAAAGAUUUUCUUUUGUUUCUCAUUAGACACAAAUCGUUUUCGUCUAUUUGCUCAGCUUUAUUAUACAAGGAUUAAUUUUCUCAAAGUGUAACUACAUCAAAGAAACCUUUUUUUCUUUUAUUUUAAAUUAUUUAGAGAUUUUAUAAAGAGUCUAUUUUAAGAUUGAAUAAUAGUUGUGAACUAUAUUGCUACAACAACAAAGAAGCAAAUGUGUAAAAAAUUAUAAUUGUUUCAUUCUUUUUUUACUACGAAAAGCUUUGAUUGAAGCUAUAAUUUUAGAAGUAAAUGUUUGGCCUAUAAGUGAUGUUUUACUAAAGUUUAGGAUUUUCGAAUGCGGUAGAUGAAACUGAUUCUUUUGUAAAUUACGCUCACUUGAACCAUAAAUCGAAGCAGAUUUAGGCUAUACAUGUAGUCAAAAUGCAACAUCAUUGUCAUGGUGGAGAUUUUUCUUCUGUUUUGUUUGAACGUAAAAAUCUCUGUGAUGUAAUAUUUUGACUGCUGGUUUGUAAACAAUAUUUAAGAAGUCAUAAAUAUAAAUAAAUAUUAAGAUAUGAGUUUAUUAAGAAUAUAA